AUUUUAUUACUUUUAUCCUUUGAUCAACACAUUAAAUUAAAUAACAAGUAUUGUGUUUAUAACAAUUUUUCUAAUUCAUAUAAUGUUAUGUUAUGUAAGCCCUUCGAGCCCGCCGAAGUUGAAAUGGAAAAGGAGGGAAAAGAAUAUGGAUAUUGUAACUAAGGGUGAUAUAAAGCAGUUAAAAAUGAAAUCAAGUGAUUUGGAUGGAGACGCUCAAGGCGAAGAUGCCAUUUUGGAUGUCGAGGAUGCUUUAAGAAAAUGGCGUGUGAGUGAUAAAACAGUUGAGAGUGCUCUCGGAAACUGCAAAUUUACAGAGUGGAAUGCAAAAUAUACAUUGCGCCACUAUGAUUGCAUAAGCGCACUUGCUUUUCAUCCUAAAGAGUCCGUCUUGAUAACAGGAUCAGUAGAUCAUACUGUAAAAAUGUGGAAUCUGGAGAAAACAUUUUAUUCAGGAAAAUCUCUUGAUGUGGAACCAAUCUACACAUUUAGAGCUCACACUGUACCAGUUUUAUGUAUUGCAAUGAACGAAGGUGGUGAUCAAUGCUACUCUGGAGGACUUGAUGGUGUCAUAAAUUUUUGGAAUGUACCUCCUUAUAAUAAAGAUCCAUACGACAGUUACGAUCCGGAAGUUCUAAAAUGCACUCUUGAAGGUCAUACGGAUGCAGUGUGGCGACUCGCGGUAAAUCAUACGACAGGAAAUCUUUUGUCUGCUUCGUCAGACGGUACUGUCAAACUCUGGUCACCACAAUCAAAGAUCCCAUUAAUAAAUACAUACAGAAAUAAAAAGGAAGGAAUUCCAACUUCUGUUGAUUUUGUUCGUGAUGAAACAGAUAAAAUAGUUGUGAGUUAUAAGAGUGCAAUCUCAAUUAUCCAUGACUUGGAGACAGGCAAGCCAUUGCUAAAGUUAACACCAAAUAGAAUGUCUAGUCCGAAAGAUUCAUCAAAAUAUAUUUAUCGAAUUUUAUCUCAUCCAACAAAGCCAAUAAUCAUAACAGCACAUGAAGACGGAUGGAUUCGAUUCUACGAUGUAAACGAUGGCACUUUACUUCAUGCAAUGGUCGCACAUAAAGAUGCCGUAACAAGCUUAGCAAUUGAUAUUGAUGGAUUUUAUUUGCUAACUGGUUCACACGAUUGUUCAAUGCGGCUAUGGAAUAUUGCAAAGUAUAAGAUUUGCGUUCAUGAGAUAACAGCUCAUCAUAAGACAAAUCAAGAAGGAAUUCUUGAUGUCACUUUCCAUCCCACAAAGCCUUUAAUCGCCAGUGCUGGCGCUGAUGCAUCUGCAAAAGUUUACGUUUAACAUAAAUUUU